CAAUGGCAUGUCUGCAAUGGAAAAUGUUCUGAGUUCAACAAACUCUCCUCACUAUCUUUUCUUGUUGGUAUACUUUCCACGCCUAAAGCAAUCAGAGCCAAACUUCUUGAAAUAAUGUUUUGUUUUUCGUCCGUAUGUAAGCUCUCUCCUUCAUGUCUUGACAGGAUAUAGGUCUCUCUUCUUACUGCCCAGUCUUUAUUUUUGACAGUAUGUAGGAAUUGCUGAGUUAUUUUUUUCUGACAACAUAUUUUCCUUCAAUCGCUAAUAAUUUUCGGAUUAUGCACCUCCUGUUUGCCUGGUAGAAUUUUCCACAAGCAAGAUUUUUCAAUGUGCUACACUUGGGAAAUACGUCCUGAAGGAAAUUUUAGGAACACAAUAUCAACAUGUGUCCUCUCUUAAAUAGUUCCAGGAUUGAUGUCUGUUACCCAUUCAGCAAUCUUUGUAGCUGAUUCUGGCUUUCUACUUCCGCAAUUCAUUUCUUAUCUAAUUGUCUUUCUUCAUUCCUCUUGACUAGAUAUACGUUUGUGUGAAGGAGGAUGCCUCCAGUGAAGCAGGUGAACUCACUUUAUUCCUGCUGUCUAAGGUCUGUAAUUCAACAGUUAAAUCUGAUCUACGAGAAAAAAAGCAACAGGAAGCAGUUUCAUAAAAAGUUUUUCAAACUGACCCGAUCCAUACUCCUAAAUGAUUUGCAUGGCGGAAUUCGUCAAGAUCUACUCAAGCUUGCUGUAGACUUGUACAGAAAUGAUAUUUGGAGAAUACUAAGUUUUAUCAAACUUUUGGGGGACAUGUCUAUUCGUAAACUCGUACCAUGCCACAAGGAUGAUCAACUAUUGCUGUAUCAAUGGACCAAGUUGGUUUCUUGCCUGAAAUCUUCAGACAUUACCGGCCUCGAAGAAUUAGUUUUAAAGGUGAAGAAUAAUGGAGAGUUAUUCCAGCGCCCAAAAUUUGAGCAUAGCUUUCCGUUACUGUACAAAACCCUCCAAGCUGGUUUAUCCAAGUCCUUGCAUACGUUGGUCUUGCGUUCAACCUGCAACAAUCAAGUGCUUUCAAUCCUAGGGAAAGAAUCAAUUCAACUGACACAUCUAGACAUAUCUAAUUCAUGGCUUGUUGACGACCUUGGAAUCAGAAACUUACUUUUGAGAGUGCCAAACAACAUCGAUUUACCACACGAUAUCGAAGUGAGUGAAAAUGUUCCAUUUGAAGAGCUGAAUAAAAUCAGGGAAACUGAUUUGAAUAAAUGCUGUUCUACCUUGACGGAAGUCAAAAUUCAAGACACAAAUACUUCCAGUGUCAGCGUGAUCAUGCUUCUUUACUUCAUUAAAACGUUAAAAUCUGUUGGUGGCUUCAUCUAUUACAGGAACGUCGGUGACGCUAUACUUACCAUAAAAUGCGAAAAGAAGAGCUUGAAAUUGAACUUGACGGAACUGUUUGAUACUCAACUACCGCAUGAUAAGCUUUUGUCACUGUCAGAGACGCUGCCUAGUUUAACAACCCUGUACACUCGGGCUUCAUUUUUGCCUACAGAGCUUCGUCCUUUUCCUCUGUUAGCAGCUUUAAUUGUAGACUUUGAUUUUGAUCUACACAAACAAGUUUUCUUUCCAUUCCUGAAAAAUAAUGGAAGACACCUACGGAAACUAACUCUUAUUGACCAGCCUUUUGAUGUUGAUCUCAUAUUAAUAGCAACUUAUUGCCCUGAGCUGAGAGAGCUGGUGGCGAAAGUAGCAGUUAGCGAGGAGCACUCGCCAGUUACGAUGUUGGAACUGCAAAACGUUAAUCUUCGAAUAAACUCAUCCUCAACGCUUCGUUGGCUCUUGAAACAGGCUCCAAAUCUGACUCGUUGUAAAGUCCACAUUGUAGAUGACGAUCUUUCCUUUAAACGCACUGGAAUCGAUAAUGAAUUCUUUUGGUCAAUCGUCAAGUAUAGCCCUCCGGCUUUCAAAGCCUUACAAGAGCUUCACAUAGUAAUUUGGGAUCCAGGAUUCCUUCUGAUGACUUACGAAACAGCGAAGGGUUUGAUAGAAGCCUGCCCAAAACUGAAGCGUUUGGGUGAUUUGGACACAUGGAAAAUGAACAGUUGUGAUCUGUGCAAAUUGGUCAAGAAAAUCCAAUCAAGCAAUUGGGACCUCCAGUUAAUGUACUCGCAAGACCCUCCUAUGACGUGAGCCGAACAUAUCAAAUUGUCUGCAAACGGACAGAGUUAGUAAGUACUUUAGUUCUUUAUAAUUUCUCCGUACAUAUUUGUAGUCGUGUACAGCUGUAAAAUUUAUCGCUCUCUUGUUAAGUUAUGUUACGAAUAAUAACUUGGCCAAUUUAAUGAUGACGAUAGAAUAAAUGUUUGAAAAAGUCUUCUCUCUCCAAGAGAUCUUAGAGAAAUCUAUAAAGGAGUCAACGAUUUCAUAGUGUAAAAGCUUAGAGCAGGAAAUCAGAUAUGUUAGAGGUAUAGAAUAGACAUUCUUUAUUUCUCACUGUUGGUUGAAAGCCCAAUAAUAGGUAAACGAUUAAGAAAAAAUAAAAAUAAAUCAAGGUCUGUACCUGGAUGAUACAGACAUCAAAUAAAAUUUGCUGGAUGCGAUUGUUUCCAUUUCAAUAUCUACCUUUAUUUUUAAUAUUUCUAAUUUUUAAAAUUUAAAAAAAAAGCUCUGAACUUUUGGAGAGAUGUUAUGCUUUUUCAAGUUUUUAUGCUUCAUUAGACCAGCACUUCAGCCACCAAUGAAUCAUACUGAGUAACAAGAGAUAUUUUGUUUUUCAUUUUGUAAAAGAUAUUGUUAUUCAUUUGCAUGACUUUGAAUUUGCGACAUAAUCAUGUUUUAUCUGUGUAUUCCUUUGAAUGUAAGUAUCUCAACCCUCGGAUUUCGUUACUUUUUUGGUCUUGGUAUUUUAUCAAAACGGCUGAAAAUAUCUUGAAUUGUGCAAUAUUCACUCAUAUGAAGUAUGAAAGAGAGAGUACACAGAAAUCAUUUUUUUUGGUCCCCGAAAGUUUGAGUAGAAAUGAAUUUUCUACAGUCUGCUUCUUGCAUUGAUGAACUUAUUUUUGUUCUUUUAUAACUCUGUAAGUGCUUUUUAUUUUUAGAAAAUGAGGAUUGGUUCUUUUGUUCUAUUUUUGUAACAAUUAUCAGCUCUUUUAAAUAAACAAUUACUCUAUCUAGAGCAAUUCACCGCUUCCCAAACAAAGGAACAUAAAUUCAUUCCAAGGUUGCACAAUCGACUGAAACAAUUCAAUUUUUUACAACAGUAUGGCAAUGCAGUUUUGGCUAUAAUUUUGCCAACUUUUGCACAAUAUCAGAAAAAGAAUCACUGAAAUUUUUGGACUGGAACCAUUGGAAUCACUUUCACUGGAAUGCACAACAGUUUCCCAGUGAAAAUACAAUUCGUCGAGGGGUAUUUUGCGGCCUUGAAAUGUAGUUACAUUCCAUUGAAGAAUAAUGAUGAAUUACUUUUUAAAAUAUUUGGGCCCCAAUUUUUUGAAUAAUGCGUUCCUUUAUUCAAAUGAUGCUAGCAAAGAAUAAUUUACAUCCAAACCAAGCCAUCCUUCCAUGACAAUGGUGACAUUCAACUUUUAGCUGCUUGUUCAAAGUUCUCGUAAACUGUUUAUUCAGGGAAGUAUGUAUCUCUAAUGCGCUGCUUCAAAACCUCUCAUCUUAUUUUCCCUUAAAAAGAAAAGAAACUACUCAGCAGCAUUAGUUCUAAUUUUUGCUGAAUUUUUUCCCGCAAACAGAAAAAUUGUAGAAGUUUUAAGAAAUGCUGUUGAUCAGCCAACACUACACAAAAUUUGCAACUGAGGGAAUUAUGAUAGACAUUCUUUAAUUUCUUUCCCAUUAUGUUAAAUAAACGUUGCAUUAGAGUUUGGUACUUUGUAUCUUUGCAUGGGUUGUAGGGGCUUUUAAGAGAAGAUGGAUCAUACCCUUUAAGCCGUUUUUGCAGUUUCAGAUUAGGAAGAAAGGCAAAGGGCCUUGUUCACCCGAGCGCAGUUUGAGCAAAUUAGUUCCACAAACUGGGGUUUCGCGGAACAAGUUACAGCUAAGAUAUCUUAAGUUCCUGGAACCAGUUCGUACAAAGUUCUGCAAAAUGUGCUCGUGUAGACGUGGUCAAAUAUUUUUACUUUUACAAGAGCAGAAGUUUUUUGUCUCUGUUUUGUACCUCCGCUUUCCUUUUUUUUAUCCUCAAUUGCACUUUUACAUCUGUGUUCUUACAUAUUUCUCUCUAUGUGUACUUUUGCAAUAUACUUCAAUUGUUUCGUCGUAAGUUAGAGUUAAAGGAGCAGUUUCUGUGAUUUAGUAUUAUUCUAGUUUUAUGUAUAUUAGAGAAUUGAAGUCUGAAAAAAUAUUCUAAGUCUUGAACCUUUUGUCGGAUGCACUCCAUUGUUUUUCAACGUUUUUGAAUGGAAGACCUUCGAAUGUUAUUUUAUUUUUGUAUUAAAAUAACUGGUUUUAUUCUUUUACUGUAUAUCAAGCGCCGCAUUUUUUUAUGCAUUCAUUUACUCUACUUUAAAUCAAGUGUUGCGUGCAAAUUGAAUCAGAUGCUAAAAGUAAUAAUUUGAAUUUUCUUACCGUAAAUAAUAAUGAUAAUUCUUCCAUCUUUGUAUUCGCUUUUGCCACUGGACAGUCGCCUAGCACUUCUAGUUGAAAGUAUCCUUUUCAAAACUUGUGCAUUCUGCUCUAAAUUUAUUUAAGCUUUGAAAGCUUUCACAUUUUUAUUAACAAUAAUGUAUGGAGACUUCGGCUUUUUCAUUGCUUUUGCAAUGUGUUAAAAUAGUAUUUCAAGAUUUUCAAUAUUUUUUUUCCGUUAUUUUCGAUCUCUAUAUCCCUAUCAACUGUGAUCCACUUAGGUACUCAAGAGUAUAUAUUUAUAUAUAGUAAAAUAAGAUAUAGUUAUUCUUUAUAACCAUUUACGGAAAAUGUAUUUUUAUUUUAUGGUGUUAGUUCGUUGACACGUCUUUGAUAGAACAAAGAGAUUCCCAAUUCUCCUCGACUUUUAAAAUAUUUGGCAUCAAUCAGACAGCGGGUGAGGUAACUUUAUCGGCAAAAGUUAAGAAUAUUCUCUGAUCCUCAGUGUGGUAAUAGAUUGCUCUCAGCAAUAUCUCCGUUUGUGAAAUUACCUGUGAUGAACUCGAUUUUUUGAAGUUCCAUGCUAUUAGAUUUUUUUCAAAGUCGAGAAUACACCAGUUUGUGUCAACAGAAGCGAAUUUUAAUUUCAUCUUAAUUGGUCUCUUAUUUCUCUCUUUUUCUUGCAAUUAGCAAAUAGAGGUUUUCUAAUUUUUUUCUUGUAUUUUAGUACAUGUAUUUCCUGUGUAUGCUGAAUAAACAGGAAUUUUCCUUUAUUGACCAGCCUUUGAAUAGUUGCUAAAACCUUUUGGGGACAAAUUCUCUUUUGUGCCGCAUAUUGUUUCGUAGUGAAAUUACCUCACUCCAUCUUUUGAUAUACACUUCAUUUUUCCAAUUUUUUAACUUUUUAAGUUUGUUGACAAUCGGGCCAGAGGACAAAAUACUUGUUUGCAGUCCUCUGCUUAAAAAGUUUGAGCUAAGAUGUAGUGAAAAACGGGCUUCAACAAAAAUCAUAAAAGAAGUGGUUAAAUAAGAUAAAAUUUUAAAAUUAUUUUUUCCUUGUUGAAAUCCAGCUUCAAAAGUUAUCUCACCAUAAAAUAGACAUUUUCAUUCACCAUUCGAUUUAUUAAGCCCCUGUGCGGAGGCAGAAAGUAAUAUUUUUCUUUUCUGUCCCAAAAUCCUCUCAAUUUUUCUAGUGAAAUUAUUUUAAGAAGAUAAAGAACUUUGAUUUUUACUCCUUCGAAUAAAAGCAGCUAUUCAGUGGUUGAUCUUCGGAGGUACAUACCUCCGCUGAAAGGUAAAUGACGUUUAUUCAUAAUGCCUUGCUUUUAAGACUGAUAGUUUUAAGUUUUUUUUUCCUAAUGUACGGGGUUCAAGCUCUUCUAAAUAAACAUCGCAGCUUCUGUGGUGAAACACUUCUCACCUUAUCUCCAGUACACAGUGUAAACUUACAAUUUUGAUCCUUGAGAGUUUUUUAUGACUUCAGAAGAGAAGAUUCCAUGCAUUUUUGGUGAAUCGUCUAUUGAAGCAAUUUUAGAUGCCUAUUAAGACAAAAAUGGCACUCAACUCUCCUCCAACCGUUAUCUUUGGUUAAAAGCAUUUAUGCUGAGAAUCGGAAAUUUUUUGUUGUUUUACUUAGAUCUCCAAAUUUUUUAAAUCGUCGCAGUAUUCAACUGCGGGUUGUGACAUAUUUUGCUUCAUGUAUCGUAAGCGUUGUGACUGCAGAUAUUCAUUUUCUCUGAGUCAUUUCUUUUGAUUUUCUUGGUUGAUUUCUAUGAUUUCACAUACUAUCUUCAAGGAGACGAGUUUACUUUUUUCGAAAUUUCAACUCAUGACUCAGAUCUUACACCAUCGCCAAUUAAUGCUACCCUCUAAAAGGUAGUAACACCCAUAGGAAGUUGGGUCUCAUAUCAGUCAGAGGUGGACCCUGCCACAAGUAUUUAAAAAAGAAGUUGCUAUUGUCAUCCAAGACCUUGAAUCCCAACUAUAUUAUUUUUCUCUGUUGUUUUCCGACCUUGUUUUGCACAGCCGUAUAAUUAUCCUCCGUAAAUAUACUGUGUAUAGAAAGCAGGCAACUGCUCACUAAAUAUUCUAGAAUUAAUAUCUGUACACUUUCCGUUGUUUCACUUUGUAAAUUAAUUUGUCCCUCUGUAUCAGCGUUUGAUAAGUGAUGACAGCUUGUAGCCAGACCUCUCAUGUGAAUGGUGGAACCUCAAAUUUAAUUGCCAGGAUCACAGUGGAUCUUAUACUCAAGCUUCUAUGCUACAAUCCCGAAAAUAUCAGUGAAUAAUAUUCUGUAAUCUUCAAAUCAUAAUGAUUUCACUGAGAUCGUUACUCACACAGAACAUGAUGUGUAAAUUUUAUCCAAAAAUUCUCAACAAUUUUCCAGGAGCCAUAAAAAUGUUUGAUACAAGCACAGAACAAGUUCAUAAUUUUGCAAGGAACAAAAACCCAAACGAAAUGCAGUGCAUACCUAUUUUUAGGCACCAUACCAAGCUAGGUUUCCUUAUUUUUGUCAGCAAACCUAUUAUUUAAUGUGUUAAGUAUAGUAGACUCAACUUAGGGCCUAUAUUGAAAUCGGGGAAACUGAGAACACGAUUCCAACUGUAAAACGUUUAUACCCUAGAACAACCUAGCUGUAAUCAAUUAGUUUCCUAUCAUAGAGAGACCUCAUUCAGAUCAUUUCAUUUCUUCAUCCCUUAAAAUAAUUAAUUUUGAGCCCAAAGCAAUCCAUUGUUGAGCUAGACAAGAAUAAUUUUCGGUUGACUUAAACUUCAACUCAGAGAGAGGUAUUCCUAAUAGGUCUGGCUACCAGCAAUAAGGAAUGUAUUAAUUUUUAAAUGUGCUAAGUAUCGAAUUAGAUUAGAACAUCUUGAACUUUUUUUAAUUUUAAUUAUUUUCUUGUCGACUUGUGGGUUGUUUGUCAGCGGAAGUUCUUUCCCCAAAAUGUGAAAGUUCAUGAUACCGACCAAGGCAACGGAGCUCUAGAUGAUGAUAUAAUUGGUGGGUGUAAAAACUUCCAUUUUUCAAUCAAAUUGACUCUGAGGUAGUUGUGAGAAUUCGAUGAGAGAUCUCAAAACUGCACUCUGAUAAAGAUAAAGUUUGCUGAAAAAAUGCCAAAUCAAGAAUGCUCCUACAUUAAUUUCUUUUAAUCAUUUUUAAAAUUAGAAAAAUGAGCCCAUUUUAUAAUCAAUUCUAAUUGUGAUAUUACUUUAUUAAUUAUAUCAAAUCCAGAUCAUAAACAAGUUUUAUUUCUUGUCUAUCCGUCAUUUUGUCGAAAGAUUGUUUCUUGAAGAAAAAUUAUUCUGUCCACAAUGUAUACAUUAUCCAUUGCAGCCUCAUUUUUUUGUGCCCUUGAAAAUUCUGCAGAAGCUCACAAAUUUCAAUACGAAAA